GGAGCCCAGUUAGUGAGCUGCAGGCAAAGCUUCCGAUGCGUCUGUUUCUAGUACUGAGUGUUUGUGUGGCGUUGGCCUCCGCCGGAGGUUACGGCGGUGGAGGCGGAGGUGAAGGUGGUGGCGGUGGACACGCCGGUGCAUCCGCUUCCUCGUCCGCUUCUGCCGGCGCGAUUGGCGGCGGCGAUGGGGGUAAGCUCGGCGGAGGCUAUGGAUCUGGAGGUCAAGGCUCUGGAGGACACGGAUCUGGCGGCUUCGGCGGCUCUGGAGGUGACUUAGCAUUUGGAGGCGGCGCUGGCGGAGGAGGUCCAUUUGGAGGUGGCCAUUCCGGCGGUGGAGUCAUUUCCGGCGGAGGACAUUCUGGCGGAGGCGGCGGAAUCGGUGGCGGUCCUGGAUUCGGAUCAGGUGGACAUUCCGGCGGAGGAAUCGGUGGCGGUCCUGGAUUCGGAUCAGGUGGCCAUUCUGGUGGAGGCGGUGGAAUCGGCGGCGGAGGUGGCCAUUCCGGUGGAGGCGGUGGAAUCGGCGGCGGUCCUGGAUUCGGAUCAGGUGACUAUUCUGGAGGAGGUGGCGGAAUCGGCGGCGCCGGAAGCUCCGCAUCAUCUUCAGCUGGAGUUAUUGGCGGAGGUCAUGGCGGUGGAGGUCACGGCGGUGGAGGAUCUGGCUUCGGACCGGGUGGCGGAAUCGGAGGAGGACACUCUGGAGGAGGACAUUCUGGAGGAGGACACUCUGGAGGAGGACACUCUGGAGGCUUUGGACCCGGCAUCGGAGGCGGCUUUGGCCCCGGCAUUGGAGGCGGUGGUGGUGGCUUUGGCCACGGCAUUGGAGGCGGUGGUGGUGGCUUCGGCCCCGGCAUUGGAGGUGGACCCGGAGGUGGACACUUUGGAGGUAGUCUUGGCCACAAGCACAAGGGCCAUGGAGGCGGUGGCGGAUCCAAAGGCGGAUACGGAGGCGGUGGUGGUGGCGGCGGUGGUGGCGGUGGCGGCUUCGGAGGUGGCGGCUACGGAGGUGGACCUGGAGGCGGCUUCGGAGGCGGACCCGGCGGCGGUGGUGGUGGUGGCUACGGAGGUGGCUCCGGAGCCUCUGCUUCGGCCAGUGCCAGUGCUUCAGCAGGAGCAGGCGGCGGCUAUCAUGGCUAGUCUAGUGUACCCAAUGCCCAAUAUGCCUGUAAUUCUCCCAGUGGCUUAAAGUAUUACAUCAAUCCCAAUCAAAUAUAGUUUUUGUACUCAACAAA